GAUGAGCUGUGUGGACAUGAAAUUAUUACAACUGAACUUGUGGAAGGAAUACCAGUUGACAGAUGUGUAGAGUUAAGCGAAGAUCACAGACGUUUCGUUGCAAUGAAGAUAAUGGAGCUAUGUCUUCUUGAAUUAUUAGAAUUCGGUUUUAUGCAAACUGAUCCGAAUUGGGCGAAUUUUCUGUACGAUCCUGACCAACGGAAGAUCAAGCUUCUUGAUUUUGGAGCUAGUCGUUCCUAUUCCAAAAAGUUUAUCGAUACAUAUGUGAAAAUUAUAAAGGCUGCAGCAGAUGAUGAUCGUGAUACAGUUCUCCGUUUGUCUCAGAAGCUUGGGUUUCUAACAGGAUAUGAAUCAAAGGUAAUGGAGGAAGCCCAUAUUGACGCAGUUAUGAUCUUAGGAGAGGUGUUUAGGAUAGAUGGUGAUUACAAUUUUUCUGCUCGAGAAACGACUUUAAAAAUACAAAAUUUGAUUCCUACCAUGCUGGCUCAUCGCUUAUGCCCCCCACCUGAGGAAAUUUAUUCUUUGCAUCGGAAACUUUCAGGGGUGUAUUUGCUCUGUUCCAAACUUAAUGUGGCUUUUCCAGCUCGGAAACAAUUUUUUGAUAUGUAUAAUAAAUAUAAAUUUGAUGAUGAUCUUGAAGAAGUACAACAACGACAGAAAAUUCAAUAUCCGGGAGUGGCAAAGAGCAUAGAGAGUGAUAUCGAUAAUUUGGUUGGCAUUAUGAAG